AUGAAUGGCUCGAUGAGCUCAUUGACAGCGACCAUCACGUCGGCCUUGGCGCUCAAGGCGUUCACGUUCUGCGAGCUGCGCGAGAAGCUCCUCGCACUCAUCGACGACGAGAUGGCCACGUACCUCACCAGCCCGGACAUGGACAACAUCGAGAGCAGCUUCAACACCAGGUCCAACGUCAGCUUGAGUGCCAGCGCUAGCUCCAGUUCCACACUUCGUGACGGAGCGACGCGCGGGGCUGCAACGCGGUGGCUUCCAAACUCGAGGAACGUCUCGAUGUGGGUCAUCAUGUUGAAAGCAAAUGGCGAUGAGUUGGCGCUGGCGAACGACUUCGACGACCUCCAGAGCAUGCUGCAAGAAGCGGUUGAGCGCCAGAGAUCGCGCCUCAAUCACACGCUUGGAGCGUGA